AUGGGCGCCUAUCUCUAUGGGCGCCUAUCUCUAUGGGCGCCUAUCUCUAGGGGCGCCUAUCUCUAUGGGCGCCUAUCUCUAGGGGCGCCUAUCUCUAUGGUGCCUAUCUCUAUGGGCGCCUAUCUCUAUGGGCGCCUAUCUCUAGGGCGCCUAUCUCUAGGGGCGCCUAUCUCUAUGGGCGCCUAUCUCUAUGGGCGCCUAUCUCUAGGGGCGCCUAUCUCUAGAGGCGCCUAUCUCUAUGGGCGCCUAUCUCUAUGGGCGCCUAUCUCUAGGGCGCCUAUCUCUAGGGCGCCUAUCUCUAUGGGCGCCUAUCUCUAUGGGCGCCUAUCUCUAUGGGCGCCUAUCUCUAGGGCGCCUAUCUCUAGGGGCGCCUAUCUCUAUGGGCGCCUAUCUCUAUGGGCGCCUAUCUCUAGGGGCGCCUAUCUCUAUGGGCGCCUAUCUCUAGGGGCGCCUAUCUCUAGGGGCGCCUAUCUCUAUGGGCGCCUAUCUCUAUGGGCGCCUCUCUCUAGGGGCGCCUAUCUCUAG